AUGAUUACAUUCUUAACUAAUUUAAAAAUAGCUGAUAAUACAGGAGUAUUAAAUGUACAAUGUAUUAAAGUAUUGGGUGGUCAUAAGAUGAGAGUGGCUAUAUCAGGGAAGCCUAUUGUUACAGCUUUAAAAAAAGUUAGACCUAGAAAAAAAUUUAAGAAGGGUGAGGUAGCCAAAGUGUUAGUUCUAUCUACAAAAAAUAGAUUUAGAAGAAAUUCUGGCUUUAUUAUAAAUAGUAAUAAAAAUACUGGGUUAAUAUUAAAUGAUGGUUUUGCACCUGUAGCUAAUAGAGUUACAGGGGCAGUUCCGCAUGAAGUUAGGGCUAAAUAUAAUAGGGGUUAUUUACUUACAAGAAAAAACUAUUAA